GAAAUUUUGCAAGAUGAAAAUUCUGGCAAGACUUGUUUUUGGACUCCUCAUCUUGGAUGCUGCCCUGACUGCCCCAACUAUAGAACCCAUUAACUACAAUUCAGAAUCUUACGAUGCCACCUUUGAAGACCUGGACAAUUUAUACAACUAUGAGAAUGUCCCUAUUGACCAAGGCGAGAUUGAAAGAGUGACAGUGAUGCUUUCAGGGAACAGAGAGCUCCUUACUCCCGCCCCACAGCCAGAUGAUGUCCAGGAGGAGGACGAAGAUGAGGAAUCCACCCCCAGGCUGAUUGAUGGCUCUUCACCACAGGAGCCAGAAUUCCCAGGGGUUCUGGGCCCACACACCAAUGAAGACUUUCCAACAUGCCUUCUGUGUACCUGUAUAAGUACCACUGUAUACUGUGAUGACCAUGAACUUGAUGCCAUUCCUCCACUGCCCAAGCACACGGCUUAUUUCUAUUCCCGCUUUAACAGAAUUAAGAAGAUCAACAGAAAUGACUUCGCAAGCCUAAAUGACUUAAAAAGGAUAGAUCUGACAUCAAAUUUAAUAUCUGAGAUUGAUGAAGAUGCAUUCCGAAAGCUGCCUCAACUCCAAGAGCUCGUCCUGCGUGACAACAAAAUAAGACAGCUCCCGGAACUGCCAACAACUCUGACGUUUAUUGACAUCAGCAACAAUAGACUGGGAAGGAAAGGGAUCAAGCAAGAAGCAUUUAAAGACAUGUAUGACCUCCACCACCUCUACCUCACGGAUAACAACUUGGACCAUAUUCCCCUGCCACUCCCAGAAAACCUGCGCGCCCUUCAUCUCCAGAAUAACAAUAUUCUGGAGAUGCACGAAGAUACCUUCUGCAAUGUUAAAAACUUAACUUAUAUUCGUAAGGCCUUAGAGGACAUCCGACUGGACGGAAACCCCAUUAAUCUCAGCAAAACUCCCCAAGCAUACAUGUGUUUACCUCGCCUGCCCAUUGGCAGUCUUGUCUAAUGUCACAUAAUGGUCAGCUUUGUUUUGUCUACCAUGCAGAGCAACUCAUGACUUUCUUCAAAUGAUAAGAUGGUUCAUUUUUUAGAAAUGUGAAGGUAUGGUAAGAAUUAAACAAUGUAACUAAACAUCAGCUGAAUUAGGAAUAAAUCUACAAAAUGUUAGGUAAAUAAAUUAUAUAAAACAUU